GCAAAAUCAUAUCAUAUUUGUUUUGUUUUUAAAUUUCGAAUUUCAAAAAUCUCAACAGUGUGUGAGCGUGAAAAUGGAGGCAAGUUCAUUGCCGAUCGAUUCAUGCUCCAAAGAGCACCAAAAGAUCUACAGAGAUUGGUUCAAUAUCGCCGAUUCAGAUCGAGAUGGACGUGUUACUGGAAACGAUGCUACGAAGUUCUUCGCCAUGUCUAAACUCUCUCGUCAAGAACUCAAGCAGAUUUGGGCAAUUGCAGAUUCUAAACGACAAGGAUAUCUAGGAUUGAAAGAAUUCAUUGUUGCUAUGCAGCUGAUAUCUUGGGCACAAGCCGGUCAUGAAAUAACCUUUGAUAUUCUUAAAAGUUCAGCGGACUUGGAGAAUAUUGGUCUUCCUGCAAUGGAAGGUGUGGAUGCUUUAGCAGCGAAGAAAAAGGAUUUCGCAACAAAUGGUGUGCAUGACAUUAAUGGAUCUAAUCAUCAUCAAGUUCCAGCAUCUGCUAAAUGGUUCACCUCAAAGUCCUCCAAAAAGAUACCUCCAAGUGCUGUUACCUCAGUUGUCGAUGGCUUGAAGAGAUUGUAUAUUGAAAAGCUAAAGCCAUUGGAAUCUACCUAUCGAUUUAAUGAUUUUGUGUCUCCGUCAUUGACAAACAGUGACUUUGAUGCUAAACCUAUGGUUAUGCUGUUGGGUCAAUAUUCAACCGGGAAAACUACUUUCAUAAAACAUUUGUUACAAUGUGAUUACCCAGGAGCUCAUAUUGGACCGGAGCCUACAACUGACAGAUUUGUGGUUGUAAUGUCUGGACCUGAUGAAAGGAGUAUACCCGGCAACACUAUUGCUGUUCAAGCAGACCUACCAUUUGGUGGAUUGACAACUUUUGGAGGAGCUUUUUUAUCCAAAUUUGAGUGCUCUCAAAUGCCACAUCCAUUGUUGGAUCAAAUAACAUUUGUGGACACCCCUGGUGUUUUAUCCGGAGAAAAACAGAGAACUCAACGAAGUUACGACUUCACCGGUGUUAUAUCGUGGUUUGCAGCUAAAUGUGAUCUUAUUCUUCUUCUAUUUGACCCUCACAAAUUAGAUAUAAGUGAUGAAUUUAAACGAGUAAUUUCGUGUUUACGUGGCAACGAUGACAAGAUACGGGUUGUCCUAAACAAAGCACACCAAGUUGACACCCAACAACUAAUGAGAGUUUAUGGAGCUCUGAUGUGGUCUCUUGGAAAAGUCCUGAAUACCCCUGAAGUUGUUCGUGUUUACAUUGGCUCUUUUAACGAUAACCAAAUUAACGAAGCUGAUGUUGAUCAAUUGGGGCAAGACCUUUUUGAGAAAGAACAAGAUGAUCUUCUCAAGGACUUAUUAGACAUUCCAAGAAAGGCUUGUGAUCGUCGGAUCAAUGAAUUUGUGAAGCGUGCUAGAGCUGCAAAAAUUAAUGCUUAUAUAGUUAGCCAUCUCAAGAAAGAGAUGCCUAGUAUGAUGGGCAAAGCUAAAGCUCAACAACGGCUUAUUGAUAAUCUUCAAGAUGAAUUUGCCAAGGUCCAACGAGAAUACCAUUUGCCGCCGGGUGAUUUCCCGAGUGUUGAGCACUAUAGGGAGGUGUUGAAUAAUUACAAUAUAGAUAAAUUUGAAAAACUGAAACCCAAGUUGGUACAAGCCGUAGACGAUAUGUUAGGAUAUGAAAUCCCAGAGCUAUUGAAGAAUUUUAGGAAUCCCUAUGAAUGAAAAUGCAGUUGAAUUUUUCUUUUUUGACUUUCCCUAAAGGAAUAUACUUGGCGAUUUUCCCCUUUAUGUGAGAACCAAGCUUUGUAUUUAUCUCCGCUUUAAGUGGUCUUUUUAAAGCUUGUUCA